AACACUGUCUGUUUUUCAAAAUCCGUCACAAAAUCUAUGAGCACGUUCAAACAAGUGUCAAUCAUUUGGAAAUGUCAUUUUACCGCACUGGUUUUGUUGGGAAAAACUAAUAUUUAUUGUUAUAAAACACUUGUGGUUAGUGUAAUCGGUGAGAAAAUGGGUUGUUUCUUUUCCAAAUCGUAUGAUGAGGAUGACAUGGCAUAUGACAUGACGCCCAUUCGAGACCUGCCAGUUAUAUUUGUGAACGGUGUGCCGGGCGCUGGCAACCAAACGGUGGCGCAGACCAUCUCCAACAUCACUGGCUACACCAUGAUCAGGCCAGGGGAGCUUGUGAGAGAGGAGGCACUGAAGGAUACCCCCAGAGGGCGUCUAAUUUCUGAUAAACUACAGGCCCAAGACGAUAUUCCAGAACAACUGACCGUAGAUCUAAUAAAGGAAGCUAUGCUGUUGCAGCAGGAAGCGACAGGGUUCAUUUUGGUUGGGUUCCCGAAGAACCCUCGUAUGUCUAAUAUGUUUAACAGACAGGUGAAAUGGCCUGAAAAAGUCGUCGCCCUCGAAGUUGAUAAUGAGGUAGCAGCGACGCGGUUGCAGAACAAACUGUCCGAACUUGGAAGGCCAGAGUCGGAGAUCAACGCAGCGCGUCAGAUAGUGAGGGAGGCGGCGCACAAAGUCAAAAACAUUCACAAACGAUUCGGUGGACAUGUUGUGACGUUGGAUAGCACAGGCAAUCCUAAGGCGUUAGCAUCGACCCUCAAGGAGAUACUGUCAGACACGAUAGAGAAAGGUCUGAAGCGGGCUGACUCCGCGGAAUCCAAGCCAAUGUCAGCGGCCUCCGCCCCAGUAGUCGCUCUAGCAGCGAACCCAGCACCCACAUGCCCCGUAUCAGCUACGGAAGAGCCCAAAACAGAAAUCGUCGUCGACGACAAGUGAUUUUUAGCGUAAUUUGUUUUUUAAUUUUUGAUAGUAAAUGUUACUUGUUUUCGCAUAUUUUAAAUAUAAUAUUAUAUCUGUAAA